UAACAAUUAAUCCAAUGUAAUGACCGCUGGAUAUUAAAUUGAGGAAAGCGGACCUCCUCAUGUAUAAAUGGUGUUAAAUUUUAUUUUUUCGCCAAACAAUUUAUAUUGAAUUCUUACUGGUGACAAGUUGUUUCAAAUUUUCAUUUCAAAUGAAACACAACAUUUUCCUACUGUUCUUUAUGAGCAGUUUGUUCGUCAUUUCAUUUGCACAAGAAACGGCUGUUGUUGAUGAAAAAAAAUGCGUCGAAAAUGGACAAUCGUGUGAUGCACAAAGAACAUGUUGCAGGAACUUAAUUUGUUCUCAAACGACGAAUAAGUGUGAGAGACGACCAGCUUGUGUAAGAGAAGGACAGGACUGCGAUGCAAACAAAAGAUGUUGCAGAAACUUGUCGUGCUCGACAACGACGAAAAAAUGCGUGAAACGUCCAGCCACUUGUCGAAGAGUAAACCAAUCCUGCAGCACUAACUCGAAAUGCUGUCGUGGUUUGAGAUGUUCAACAAAUACUAAAAGAUGCGUACGACAAUCUUGCCGAAGAGUUGGACAAACCUGCAGCAGCAAUAGAAAAUGCUGUAGUGGUACGAAAUGUUGCGCAGUUACCAAUAGAUGCGUAAGAGACUCUUGUUGCCGCAAACAAGGACAAUCAUGCAGAGGAGCGAGAUGCUGCCGAGGAUUGAGAUGUAACUGGUGGGCUCGCCGUUGUGAAAGCGAAGACUGUGGACGUUUGGGAGAUGAGUGCCGUAAUAGUCGAGACUGCUGCACGGGAAUGACGUGCAAUAGAACAACUAAUUGCUGUACGAGAAGACGUGACGACCCUGAAACUGAUGCAGGCGAAGAGGAAGAAUAAUUAUUGAAAAUUUGUAAAAUUAAUUUUGAAAAAAAAAAUAAUAUGACACGAUUCGAAAAAAGGAUCACGUUAAAAUAAUUAAUUCUGAGUCACUAGGGCAACAUUUAUGUGUAAACUACUUUAAUAUUUAAAUAAAGAGCCUCUAUUAAUUUCAUGAAAAAAUUA